AUUCUCUCUUCCUCAAAAUCACGCAAUAUCGUAAAACGGUAAUAUUCGUUUCAUCGUCCGAAACAAAUUUCCCUGAUUCCCUUGUCUGAAUCAAACCUCAAACAACAAUAUACAACACAACACUGUUCCAAAUUCCAAUUCUUCUUCUUCUUCGUUGUGAUUCUUGAAAACUCCUUCAAAAUCCUCAGUUUGCGUGUACGAGCUACAUGCAUAUCUCACUCUCACCUCGAACCUCCUUGCUAAUCUCACCCGCAUCUCCGUCACCGUCCAAUCACUCAAACUACCGCGAUCGCCUCCACGGCCACACUCUCCGCCCUCUGCUAUCGCUGCGUAAAUGCGUGUCACACUCGAUCUAGGGUUUCCGAGCCUGCUCCUUUUCGCGUUGGUUUGCCUCGUCGUGCCGGUUAUCGGCUUUGCGGCGCGGCGGAGGUGGCGGCGCGCGGAGGCCAGGGCGGAGGAUAUCAGGAGGCUGCUUGUUCUUGCGGCGGAGGAGGCUGCUAGGGCGGAGAUUGAGGCUUCGUAUCAGUACGGCGCCGUUUCGGUUGCUAAUAGUAAUCUAUGUGCCUUGUGCUUCUCCCCCACCACUACGCGGUGUGCAAGGUGUAAAGCUGUUCACUACUGUUCUGGUAAGUGCCAAAUUGCUCAUUGGCGUCAAGGUCACAAAGAUGAAUGCCGUCCUCCCAGCACAACUCACCAGACCCAUGAUCGGGUAAGUGAUCUUGGCAAGAAGGUAGCAGAGCCAGGCUACCGUGGAAUCAAUGAUGAUAAGUGUCAGAUUGAAAGUACAGAGUAUACAACAUCCUCCAAGAAACCCCCAUUGUCUGAUAUAAGCAGUUCUCCAGAAAUAUCUUGUGCAAAGGAUGAUAACAUAAGAGUUGAGCCUAUUGUAGAGGGGAAUGUUAAAAAAUCCAAUUCUGAAUUAUCAAGUAACACAUUUUCUGGAUUUUCCGCUUCAGCUAGUGCUACUGCUAGUGACUCAUCUGAUGAUUCCUCUGUUUGCGAGAGUGAAACCUUAAAUGAGCAUGAGAGAUCCGAGGGACAUAUUUUUGCCGACCCUGCUCAUGACAUUUCUGAUACCCCUUCAAAUGGUAAUAGCAUUGGUGCAACCAUCCCACUGUCACCUAAGUUUGCUAGUUUGGUUGAUUCCGUGGAUGGUUUUUCUACAAUGCCUAAACCGAAGCAAGUUAGACCAGGUUUUAGUGAAGAAGAGUUUAAACUCACAUCAAAUGAUACUUCUGGUUUCAUGAUGCGGAAGGGAGCCAUGAUUGAGCCUUCUAUAGGGUCUUCUGGAUUCUGGAAUAAAGCUCUUGAUUCAAGGGGGAUAACAGAUGACUCUUAUGGUGAUCUUCUUGCAUCACAGUCUAAUGAAUCUCUUCCAAAGUCUGCUGGGGACAAUAUGGCAAGUACAAGAUCAGCAGCAUACUCAGAAAAAGGUGUUGAUUCUUCAGGUCAUUCUGAUGCUUCCAGCAUCCAUAACUUGCAAACUGCUGGCUCUAAGAUAUCAAAUCAUGUCACUAUCAGCUCUGGCAGCAGCUUGAAGUCAGAUGAAAUCAGAAGUCGGCCACAUACAUUUGCUGAUACGGAGUUAGUUUCUAGGACUGAAGAGCAUUCACAGUACAGUACAAAAUUUGGGAAUAAUGGGAUCCAAUCUGGCACUGCUACUCCAUCUCAGAUUGCUAGCUGUUCUCCAAAUUCUAAGAAUGGCUUGAAGAUAUCUGUGCAGAAAGUUGGUGAUCAGUUUAGGGGAUCAAGUUUGUCUAAAAACAUCCCACAAGCUGUUGGCAGUGAUAUUGCUGGAAAAUACAGUGACAAGGGUCUUUUUCCGUAUAAUUUGUUUGUCAAGCUUUAUAACUGGAAUAGAGUGGAGUUUCAACCAUUUGGUCUUAUAAAUUGUGGAAACAGCUGUUAUGCUAAUGCUGUACUCCAGUGUUUGGCAUUUACACCACCCCUGACUGCUUAUCUGCUUCAAAGACUUCAUUCUAAAUCAUGUACAAAUAGAAAAUGGUGUUUCGUCUGUGAUCUUGAAAGUUUGAUUUUGAAGGCAAAAGACACAAAAUCUCCCCUUUCACCUAAGGACAUACUCUCUCAACUACAGAAAAAUGGAAGUCAACUUGGUAAUGGAAGAGAAGAAGAUGCACAUGAAUUUCUAAGACAUGUGAUCGAGACGAUGCAAUCUGUUUGCCUUAUGGAAUCUGGACCUAACAUGCCAGACUCAUUAAAAGAGGAAACAAAUUUAACGGGUCUAACAUUUGGAGGCUACCUUCGUUCAAAGAUAAAAUGCAUGAAAUGCGGAGGGAAAUCUGAGCGUCAAGAAAGGAUGUUGGAUCUGACUGUUGAGAUAGAAGGGGAGAUAGCGACCUUGGAGGAGGCCCUUCGACAGUUUACAAGCAUCGAGACUCUAGAUGGAGAAAACAAGUACCACUGUGUCAGAUGUAAAUCUUAUCAGAAGGCCAAGAAGAAAAUGACAGUUUCAGAGGCACCUAAUGUUCUUACAAUUACAUUAAAAAGAUUUAAGUCUGGAAAAUUUGGGAAGCUCAAUAAGUCUAUUCGGUUUCCUGAAAUACUUGACUUGGCACCUUUCAUGAGCGGGACUAGUGAUUUGGCUAUAUACAGGCUGUAUGGGGUGGUUGUUCACUUGGAUACCAUGAAUGCUGCCUUUUCAGGUCACUAUGUGUGCUAUGUAAAGAAUUUCCAAAACAGGUGGUUCAAGGUUGAUGAUAGUGUGGUGACAGCUGUUGAAUUGGAAACUGUCUUGACAAAAGGAGCAUACAUGCUUUUGUAUGCAAGGUGCUCACCCAGGGCCCCAAGAUUGAUCCGGAACAUGAUAGUAUCCUCUGACCCGAAAAGCAAAGCCCAUGCAAAAACUGUUGCAAUGAAGGCAAGAAAUGUGUCUUCAGAUUCUGGUGCUGCUGAGAGCAUGACUGGUUUGGUUUCCCCAGAUGGUCCACACACCUUAGAGAAGUUUCUCGACAUGAAAAGGAUUUUUGAAGAAGACUCGUCGAGUGAUAAUUCAUCCCUGAUGAGUAGCAACUCUGAUGAAUGGUCUUGCAGUACUGAUAGCACCUGUGAUUCAACAAGCACUGAUGAUUAUGCUGAUUAUAUUUUUGGUAAUUCGGGACGCGGCUUGGGUGGCAUCUUGAGAAAUUCUGAUUCUGAGGUAGAUGGUCUUUUGUACAGAAGCAGAGGCGUUUCUCAUUUGCAUACUGACACAAUUGUAGAGCAUAGGAAGUUAGAUACAAGUAGGAGUAGCAGCAGUUUUAGGGAAACUGGCUCUUUACAGAGAUCAGGAUCCAACCAUUUUAGUGAUAUAAAUUCUGGAGUAUUGUAUAGAAAAUCAAAAUUAAGAACGGAUUGAAAAGUUUAUCUUAUACCAUUUGAAGAUUGGGAGAGGUGGAUAUCACAAGAAAAUCAAUUUCAUUC